AGGACAAACAUCGUCAUCCACACAUCCCUGCCGACUGCUCCCACGCAGCGCUUCCAGCUCAGCGCUCCUUAGGAAUUCUUGUUCUUCUCUUUCCCUUUCCACCCUUCCUCGCUCCUUUGCAUCGAUCCUCGUCCUUCUCUUCGGAUGCCGCUUUGAUUCGUGUUUCGUCGUUAGGCGUGCAGACCAGUCCCUUUUUCGUAGGUGAAUCCCCAGGCCUAAGCGAGUCCAACAACCGUUGGUGGCAACCUGCACGUGUGUGUGUGUGUGUGUGUGUGUGUGUUUACUCUCGCGUGUUUUCUCGAAGGGCAACACCGCGGCAAUUAUUGCAUGUUAUUUCUGAUUUUUCUUUUGUUGUUGAUUUAGAGCGCGCGUGCAGCGCGGAGUACUUCGCUGCCCGAAGGGGAGUCCCCCGUCCUUACCCACCAUUUUCUUCUCGGACCUUCUUUGGCGGCAGUGAAAGCUCCUCUUGAAAUCAUUAAAGAAAGAACUCACGGAAAGCGUCGCUCUUGCUGUUUCUGUUAUUAUUAUUGUUGUAACUUUUGUGUUUUCUAAAGGGGAUCGUGCAGCACCGGAUGAACAGCUUUUAUUUGUUCACGUAAAGCAUAUUUAACAGCUACUGGCCACUUGUGUACCCGCAUGUGCAGCAAAACUUGGCACGUGUACACGCAAGCACAGACACCUGCGCACAGUCUCGAGGCCUAACAGUAGCACGCGCGUGUAAGCAACGCGCCGAAGGCAGCAGCCGACUUCUCGCGUCCGUCGUCGGGUUUUUUUUUCGUGUAAACAAUAAGGAGCACUCUUUGCUUCUUUUAUUAUUAUUUUUCCUGCUCCUUUAACGGUCCUUGACGAUGCGCCGCACGUCCCAAUCUUUGUCGGCGGCCGCCGCGGCGCAGCACCGCAUUCACGGCGCGCCCCACCUCCCUCCCUCCACCUCCGCGGCCUUCACCAUUGUGCCGCUCACAGACGCGCUUCUGCCGCUGCUGGAGCCCGUGGAGGCGGCCAGCUACCCCCCAACGUACUGCGAGGGCAUCGCCGGCUACGCGAAGCGUCUCCACGCCCGCCCCGCCUGCCCCUCCUUCGUUUGCUUACAACGGACGAGCGCACAGGCGGCGAAUGCCGAUGUUGCGGCCCUCGUCGCGGCGGGCGCGGUCGAUUGCCUGCGUGCCAUUGGCUACGCCAUUACCUGCCGGCUGCCACGCCGGACCGCGUCGGUGCUGCUGCGGGACGCGCCACAAGACGAUACGAAGACAUACCGGAGCGGUGACGGCGACGGCGACGGCGACAAUGGUGACGACAGAGAGCCAGCUGUGGCGGACAACCACACGCGGACUACGCCACCGAUCAAGGCGGACGACGACCGCCUCCCCUUCCCUCUGCCCGCGCACCGCGCGGAUACCUUUUACGUUCACGACGUCGCCGUGCACCCUGAAUUUCGCGGAUUGGGCGUGGCGGGCGCGUUGUGGGCGCAAAUCGAGGAAACACGCGUCACGUUGCAGCUGAAGCGCAUGUCGCUCGUCGCCGUCUUCGGGGCGAGCAGCUACUGGGCCCGUCACGGAUUUCGCGAGGUGGCGCGAAAGGCGCUGCCGGACGACACGGUGCGUGUCCUGGAGGACUACGGCGACCACGCCGUGUUCAUGGAGCGAGAAGACUGA